UCAGACCCAAGGUGGAACUCAGGACGAGAUGGCCCUGCCUCUAGGUACAGUUGUGAAUGCAGUCUUCAAGAAUCAAACCUGGUUAUAUGUGCAAACUCCUCACGGCCAAGAAGGCUACGUUGGCUAUGCCGCCUGUUUACCCCUCGGAAUCCUACCACAACCUACGCGAGGACCCUGUUGGGAAGAUUCUACUGAUGUCUUCCCUCGGCCUCUUGGGAACAUGACCGACACGGAGAAGCUUCGGGACACCCGGUCAGAGUGCGGGGGGGCUCGCGGUCGUAGCGGCAGAGUUCGGCGGAGUUCUAGAGACGCGGUGUCAGCGUGCGGCGAGCGUAGCGUCGACCGAUUGUACCUGAGAGCGGCGGCAAACGCGCGCACCAAGGGUUCGCGACACACGUUGCUGGUGAUCAGGAGUGACUACGAAGCGCGCGGCGGCAAUGCACUGACAGUGUCCAAGGGCGACGUAGUUGCCCUACUAAGCGACCACGUGAGCGACUGGUUCUGGGUGCGCUCCAGAGACGGGCGAGAGGGCUUCAUCCCAGCGGUCAUCGCUGGCCACGGCUUUCUCUGAUCGCCUUCUGUCACCGAGACAAUAGAUUCAGCAAGGGUGACAUCAAUUCGAGUCUUGUAAUAUAAUCUAAUCUCUAUGUCUAAGUAUAUCGAUACGUGCACCGAAGAAAAUGACGAUCUGCGCGUUCAUAUUAUCGAAUUUAAUAUAAUUCAUUGCGACACGUUUAAUUUAUUUUUAAAGCUGUGGUCAAGCUGCGAUAUUACUCGUCGAUAUAUCUCACAUUGUACAAACAUAAAGCAAGAUUUAAAUAGUUAUUAAGUUCAUACUUGUGAGAAUUCGAUUAAGUUAUUCUUACUCUGCGAAAUCAAUGUUCUCGAGCCGAACCAAGUUGCUUUUUUGUAUCAACAUUAAUUUAAUGUUCGUGAUCGUCUAAAGACGAAUAGAUUCUUGGUCUUUUGCCAGAAAUCGCACGCGCGCGCGCGAAUAUUCGUAAUGGCGAACGAGAAAGCAAUGUAUAUUUGUACAAAGGAAGUAUCGUAUCUCAUUCAAAAUGUAUACAUACACUUUAUUAAUAUAUAUAUAUAUAUGUAUAUUUAUUAAAAUGGAAAAAGAAAUGUCAUUCUUACAUUCACUCUUCUGUCGAUCACGCGAACUUGAGUAUCAUCUCGCGAUAAUUGAAGUUCGUGCAGAGG